AUGGGGUGCGUGAUGUUGGGGCGCUCCCUCAUCUGCAGCCGGUUCAGGAUGUGCCUCUUCACCGCCUCCACGAAGUCCACGUUUACGCGCUCAGACUGGUCCGGCGCUCGCAGUCCACAAGACGCGCACGACUCCUGGGUGGAUGAGGUGGAGGAGGAUGAUGAUGAGGAGGAGGAUGAGGAGGAGGAUGAGGACGAAGAAGAGGAGGCUGUGGGGGUCUGUGCUCCCAGGACCACCGCGCACAACGCCACCACACCGCACAGCGCGAUCGUGGAGAGGCGCAUUGUCUCGUGUCUCAAGACUAGAGCAAUCCAAAACUGGCCACAAAGUCUCCCGCGUGUCCUCAAAUGUCCGCGCAGUAUAGUCCUCCUACACAAUAAUACACAAUAA